GCGAGGGGAAGCGGAAGCCUGAGCUCUUAGUCGGCUCCCAUGUCCUGUCCCUCGCUUCCCGCAGUGGAGAAAGGAAAGCACCAGCCGGUCAGUGCACGAGGGAGCCCGGGCUCGGCUGAGGUCCUGCAGCAGGAUUGCACGCGCCUCCUCUGCCCCACACGCACGCCGAUGCACACACACGUAUCUUUCAGGAAGUGACUUAGGGCAGCAGAAGCCUAAAGAAAAGUUGAUUGUGGAGGUAUAGAGAACAGUGAUUCAAGAUCUCACUCUGGAUCAGCCAGUUCCAGAAUAAUCCUGAAACUAGGGAGCAGAUGGCAACACUGUCCCCUCAGUUGCUAACUGCGGCAGCUCAGCAGAACCUUAGACCAGGAAGGAAGAAGGGUUUAUCUCCAGCUGCCUCCUUGCACCUGGCUGGGGAGAUCUUAGCUGUAGCUUCUGGAUUGAAACCCGCUCUCCUGUACGAUUACAAUUCAGUUGGAGUAGACAAAAUCGAGAACUACCUUCAGCAGAUUCAGGGCAUUGGCCUGACAAAGCAUCGGCUGCACCUUCUCAAUAUAGCAGACAAUGUUCUGAUACUCAACCUGGAGAAGACGGCACUGUGGCUGGAAAUGCUGUUAUUCACAAACAAAGUGCCCUUCAUUGAUGUUUCAGCUUCUAGGACGUGUCCUGGCCCUUGUGAGCCAGAAUAUGUGGAAUCUAUAAAGGGCCACAUUGCUGAAAUACUGGCUCAUGUUAAAACACUGCCAAAUAUCACAUCCCAGCCGGUCACUACCAGUGAGAUCUUCUCUGCCGAUUGGAAUCUAUGCACCAUCUUUGGUGUUCUCCUGGGCUACCCAGUUUCCUAUACUGUCACAACUGAGCAGGGGUUUGACAACUGUUUAUCUCUGACCCCACUGAGAGUUUUUACUGUCCAGGCCUCUUGCUGUAGGAUAAGCAAAGAUCUCAGAGUCCGAAUUUAUUCCUUUAGUGUCCCAGAGAACCUGUAUCUUGCCAUGAAGGAGGCCCUGGAUGCAUGGAGUGGCAAUCUGAAGGAUGUAUUUAGUGCGCAGAAUGACUUUGCAAACCUCUGUAUCUCAACGGAGGUGGUUUCUCUAGCUGCUGUUGCUUUGUAAAUCUAGUUUCUUCAUUUCUUAUCAUCACAGGCUUGGGGGUUGUCAGGCAUGAAAUCUAGCGGGACACUUAACACUGCCCUAUGGACAAAGGUUCCCCUAGGAAUAGCUUGAAACCACAACUCUCCCCCACACCUGGAAUUUAAGGCCCAAAGCACUGGAUGUGAAGGGUGAGCAUGUUAGAUGCUGAACCUGUAUUCGCCAUGUCACUGGUACCUUGAACACUUGCUUUUCCUCGAAGUGCACUUUGUAGAUUCAGGCACCCACAGCUGGGUUGCAGGCAGUUCAUGUGGGAUGGAUCCCAGUUGUAGGGUGUUCAACUCCUAGGGUUUGUCUACACUUACAGCACUGCUGUAGUGCUUAGUGAAGAUGUGACCUAUGCCGAUGGGAGAGCUGCUCCCUUCAGCCUAGGUACUGCACCUUCCUGAGAGGCGGUAGCUAUGGUGACGGGAGAAGCCGUUCUGUCGACAUAGCACUGUCUACACCAGGAGUUCGGUCGGUAUAGCUGUGUUGCUCAGGGGUGGGGAUUUUCCACUCCAAAUAGGACUGUGGUAAUUCCAUUCCCUGCCCUACCACAUCAACAGCUGCUCCUAAUGGCCGUUUGACUAGAAGAAUGAGCACAGUGACAGGAGUCAAGAAGCCAUGGGUUCUAAUCUCAUUUUUUCCUCUGGGUCCAUUGGGGCAAGUGAUUUCUCCCCAUAUGUGCCUCAGUUUCCCCAGCUGUAAAAUGGGGAUAUUUACCUCUCAGAAACAAUAUGAGGAUUAAAAAGGGGUCCAUAUUUGUACCGUGCUUUGAACAUGUAAAAUUUUAUAAAUACUGUUACUAAUUGCCUAUGUUAUGUAGUGUAACCCAUCUACCAUAGACUCUGCUUGUGCUCACAGCACAGAUGUGUGCAUUAAAGAUACGUGCUGUUGUCAAAGCAACAGAACUCAGCUGUUAAAAGAAUUUCAAUAAGUACCUAGCAUUGAGAUUAACAUGGUAUUGACAUUUCACAAUUUUUCUCCCCACACUUAAUUAAAAAAAAAAAAUUAGCAACCUGUAGUGCUUUGUAUGGAUUGGAGGGUGGCAGGGAGGGGAGAGGAGGAGGCUACACUGAUCAACUAGGAGGUGAUGAGGAUCUGGACAAGAGCUGAGACAGUCUAGACGGACAGAAAAGGGGUGGGUGUGUGUGGUGCGGGGGGCAGGGUUUUGUGUCUCCUACUGAGUUCUUUCCUCCUGCAGUGGGAGUUUUUAAGUGACUGAUACUAUGCAGUAAAACAUAUGGCUGCUGCAGCACAGAAACUGAACCUUUUCUAAUGUAACCUUCAAUUAAAAAUUAAACCAAGCAAGAGGAAUGAUCUCACCGCA